AUGUCUUCAACAGCUGUCCCAGACUCAAGCUCAGGCGGCGGCGAUGACAACACUGAGCUCAUCGUCGCCGUUGUCGCCCUAGUCAUCUCCGUAUUGGCCUUUGUCAUCGCCAUUCUUCAAGCAGCCCAGCAGUACCUCGCCACUGCCACGGGCUUCUCCUCCUGCAGCGAAGCCGUCAUAGGGAAAUGGGCGCAGUUUGCCCGGCGCCAGAUGGUCUGGUCAGAGUUCCGCUUCGAGGUCCAGUUCGAAGCUCCCGUUAUCUUUGUCGCCAGGCCAGGAAACACCAGAGGCCCGCUGGGCGACGACGCUCUCGCCAAGGAGGAAAGGCAAAAGAUUAUCCGUCUGGACGGCAGCAGUGACAACUUCAAGUACACCGAUAGUGUCAAGGAAUAUGACGACAAGUACAAGAAGAGCACGCAACAGGUCGUUCACACGGCUGACAAUGAAAAGGCCACCUGGAGUGCCCUUCUCAUGGCUAUUGUUCGAAUGGAAAAGGAAUCUCGUGAGUGGCAAGGCAAGAAAUCUGCAGAGUGGCGCAAGGCGACUGGCCCUCGCCCACCACUUGAUAGCUCGACGUCACCCGAAGAGCCUCACGCUCACCACUCGCUGCUUGUCUGUAUGCAGAGAAAGAGACGUACCUGGGAUAGCAUGCCCAAAGACUUUGCUAAGCCCUACGCUACCACCACCAUAUCUCACAUUGUGGAGAUUGCUGGCAUGCUUGGUAUCCACUGGAGGCAAUUCGACCUAAACAACGACCAGUAUCGCGCCCAGGGCAACGGCUUUGUCGUAUACGGUUCAUACACGGACGGUCUUGGUAUCUGCUUCAACUUCCAAAAGCAGGGGCCGACGUGGUUCGAGAAAAACCGUGUAGUGCCUAGCUACAACGUCAAGCAGCUUUGCUUCGGCAUGGCUCCUACAAUCUUUUACCGAGAGCGAAAGGUUUAUGCCGACGAGGCUAAAGGCGCCGAGAGUCUCCAGCUGGGGAGUCUUGCUGAGAUAGCAAAGUCACUUGUAGUUCUUGGCUGUGAUAUUAACACUGUCGGCUAUUUCCGCAAAAACACUGACCAAGCCCGCUACAGCCAUCUGUUUGCUAUUCCUUUCGAAGUCCUCGGCAUGGUCGGAGAGAUGCUCCACGUAAAAGACACUGUCUUCCGCAUGCUUCCAAACCCAACUGUUUUCUACUGGGAUCCCAGCACGUUCUCUCUACCUACGCUACUUUCCGAGUUCAUCACCUCGUUGAGGCUUCUUCGCGAAAAGUCUUUGCACGAAAGCGAGCAAGUAAACCGAAUACUUGACUGGGCAGAAAAAGACAAAAAGUUCCCACUCCUGCGAACCGAGGGAUCAACGCUCGACGUUUUUGGUGAAGACAUCAAUGGAGCUACUUUGGUCAACGGCCUCAACCAUCUCCGUGCGGGGAUCGAGCUAUGCGACGACUACGUUGGGAAGAUGAAGAAACCGGGCUUGUCUAUGGUUAAGAAAGUUGUGUGUGCGCAUAUCCAAGAGAUUAUGAGUAUUCUACACGAGAAGAAGGAAACCGACGACAACACCAAGAGCGACAUUGUCGACAACGCUUUAGACGAUGAACCGAUCACUAUCCACGAUAUUGAUUCAGCAUCAGCAGACGAGAAAGAAAGUCUGCUGAUUCAGAUGUACUUUGAUCGCGUACGACAAAGUGUCCUUAGGACUGUUGCGAAACAAGGCCUUCUGAGUAAGCACUUACGAGCCAGACAAGACUCCUUUGCGUCUGGAAAAGUCUCAAACAGCACCAACUCCAAACCUGCCAAGGUGUACAAAGAUGAAGAUGUCAGUGAGGCUUGGUGUACGCUUGUGUUCCGUAUGCUGUGCUGGUUGCAGCUGCAUGACUUCCACAAGAUGGAUAUGCAUAUCAACAAAAGCGAUGCUUACGCAAGUCGAAUCCCGGUGUAUAUUGUCUAG